AUGGAUUCCGAAAUGGAAAUGCCAGAAUAUGUUGUUUCAUCGACUGAGUUCAAGACCAAAAUUCUUUCACAACAUGAGAAAUUUAAAAAAGCUUCUCUAUUAGUCAAGGAUCUCCCAAUUUUAGUUGCAGAGAAAAGUAAUGACUUAUACUUGCAACGAAUGGAAAAUUUACGAGAUUUAUGUGAUGCAUAUAGAAACGGUGAUGAAGUUAUGAUUGUCAAAGUAAAUUCAAUUUUUGUUCUUUCUUUAGAACAAAAAUUAUUGCUAAUACGUGGUUUCGCUCUUAUCAGCUCGGCGAUUUUUCCAUUGCUCGCUCGGUCUGUGGAUGAUAGUCCCGCGGUGCCGGCUCUCGCCGAUCGCGACACCCUUCCGCCUCCCAGCUUCUAA